ACAUUCCAAACUAAAACACUUUGUCCAUAAAUCUCUGCUUUCUUCUCUAUCGCUCACUCACUUGUCACUCCAACACUGCUUGCAUCUGCUUUUGGCUUUUGGCUUCUCACUCACGACCCCCUCACAAAUUCCCCAACAUCUUCGUCUCGUGUACUUCUUCUUCCUACUGCCAUGAGAAAUGGGCUUUUUCGGGCGACUCUUCGGCUGCAAACUCUUCAAAAACAACCCUUCUCCGACCACCAAGCACACCAACGAGGAAAACAGUCAAAAGACUACUACUUCUGGGUCUAACAAGCACAAGCUCGGUGCCUCCGCUUCAGAAGAUGCUGCUCAAGGAUGGGCGGGCCUGGACGCCAACAAGCACGCGAUUGCCGUAGCCGCCGCUACGGCCGCCGUCGCUGAGGCCGCUCUCGCGGCGGCUCAUGCGGCGGCUGAGGUCGUUCGCCUCACUAAUGGUGCUCCACCCGGGACCUCCUCGCAAGUUAGCCAUCCCGCGGCGGCCCCGUCAAUUGUCCGACGCCAUCUCGCCGCCGUGAAGAUACAGUCGGCUUUCCGGCGAUACCUGGCAAGAAGGGCCCUAAGAGCACUCAAAUCACUGGUGAAGCUUCAAGCUUUGGUGAGAGGCCGCAUUGUGAGAAAGCAAUCGGCAGACAUGCUCAGGCGUAUGCAGACACUGGUCAGAGUCCAAGCCCGAGCGCGUGCAAGUCAAUCACUCAUGUCUGAAACACUACAUUCUAGCAGUAAAUCCUCACUAUCGUAUCACCCGCUGCCAGAAAGCCCUGACAAAAUUGGAUACCAGCACCGCACUUAUAGCAGCAAAUUUGACGCGCCCUCAAUACUGCAGAGAUGCCGUUCAAAUUCAAACGUAAGGGACGCCAUAAAUCUAGAUAGAAGACGGCUGGCAUCAGGUUGGUUAGACCAGUGGAUGGAAGAAAGUGCAUGGGACAACCGCCGAGAUGGUUCACUGAGAUAUGAGCACUCAGAUGAUGUGAAGGUUGACAAAAUUCUUGAAGUAGAUACUUGGAAGCCUCGCUUGGGUUCCCAACGUAGACCCCAAACCUUUCAAACAGCACAUCGCGUUGUGUCGUCAGAUCAUUCCAACCCAAACUUUAUGACAUAUGACUCUCCAUCAAAACGCUCGACAAAAGGAUCAAACCUCAAUCCAAGUCAAGCUUCAAUCAACGCUGUUUCGCUGCGAUAUCUGAAACAUCCCUUGGCAACGGAUGAAGCAGCUUUUAGGACCGCCCCGAGCAGCCCGCAAGCAUUUUCUGCCUCCACUAGACCUGGAAGCAGUGGUAGAAGAGGUCAUCACUUCACGCCAGCAAGGAGUGAGUGCUCGUGGGGCUUCUUUAAUGGGUAUGCCGGUCACCCUAACUACAUGGCUAACACGGAAUCAUUCAGCGCUAAGGUCAGGUCACAAAGUGCCCCUAGGCAAAGACUUGAGUUUGAGAAAUACCGUUUGACCAAGAAGUCUGUUCCGGAGUUUUGCAAUGCAGGAACUUAUUCAGAUACGAGCUUCGCUGAAGAUGGUGACCUCCGAAAUAAAGCCUUUUCCAGCUCCAGCCGCCUGAAUAGAGUUGGAAGCUUCAAUCCGCGGUGAUGUUGCGUGUCUUCUUCUUUUAUAUAUGUGUUUCUGCUUAUGGCUGCGAUGUUUGUGAGUUUAAUCACUUGACCUUAGAUGUACAAACACUGUUCUUACUAAAUCAAUGUUUGGGAUUAUGGAUGUCCAA